AUGUUAAAACCCAGGCAAGAGGGAGAAGGAGAGGGAGAGGGGGAGAGGGGGAAUGGAUCCUUUCAAUCCGUUCCAGGAAGAGGUGGGCGGAGGGGGGGCCAUCCAGAGCACGUUUGCGGACAUGGCGCUGCAGCACAAGCUCACCUUGCUCGUCGACAACUCGUCCCUCUGCUCCUGGACGUAUGCAAUCUUCUGGCAGCUCUCCAGCGCCGACGGCCAGAUGAUUCUGGGCUGGGGCGACGGCUAAUUCUCCACCAACGAGAACAGUACCCAGCGGAACGAGGCCAAGCAGUUCGAUGCCGACCAAAUUCUCAGGCGCAAGGUCCGCCUUGUGCGAGCUCCACGACCUGUGCCAUCCCGAGGAGGAUUAUCGAGAGGUGGACCAUGUCACCGACCAGGAGUGGUUCUAUCUCCUCUCCAUGUCGUGGAAUUUCGCCUGCGGUGAAGGCAUUCCAGGGCGGGCGUUCCAGUUUGGGCAGCACAUAUGGAUUUGCGACACUGUCAAGCCCAUUAACUUUCACUGUGCGCGACUGGAGCUUGCCAAGAGCGCAGGAAUUCAGACAAUCGUCUGUGUUCCCACCCGAAACGGAGUUGUGGAGCUGGGAUCCACCGAAAUCGUAAGCUUUCGUGUUUUUCGCUUCUCUCUGUUGGAGAUGAUAUAUGUGGUGCCGAGUGCUCGCGGACACUCCAAGACAUAAGGAGAUACUUUGAGGAGGAGCAGCACCAGCAGCAAUCACAGCAGCAACCGCAGCUACUGCAACUUCUUCCCCACCUUUGAAGUUUCUAUUCAUUGCUCUUGAACCCGCAGGAUUCCUCUUUGCUAUCUGGUCCUAUAUCCAGCACCAGGAAGUUUCCAGCUUGUGCCCCUGGGAUUUCUUGCCUCUGAAAGAAAAGUCUCCUGGGUCAUAUGUUCUCUCAACAUCUCUCAAUCAAAACGCCUUAUGCAUUCCAAUA